CAUCUUCAGCAUCCUCAGCCUCAGAGCGUGGACUAACCGACCCGCUCCGGAUUAACCGCCGGAUUAUCGUUUUUAAAGGGAAUCCCGGCAGCACGAGCCCAGCAGCUUUACGUUUUUACUGGAUUUUUGUUUGUGAUUCGUGUAAAAAUGCUUCUGGAACGCGAGGACAGCUUCAUGUCGGAGUUUGAGGACGCGUGCAGCGCCUGGGUGGACAGUGUGGGCUCGAGCCUCAGCGACCCCGCAGACUCGGACGUGGGAUCACCUUUCUGCCAAGUUUUCUCUCCGGGCACCGACGCCUCUGACUCAGAUUUCUUCUCCGACUUCAGCGACUGCUCCUCGGACACGCUCUCGCCCUCCCUCGGCUACACCGGCAGCUUUUUCGCGGAGCCGGAGGCGGCACCGGCGGGACUGAGCAGCACCGCGGACGCGAUCCUCAACAUGAUCACAGAGAUCGUGGGAAUCUGCACAGAGAUGGAGCAGCAGCAGCAGCAGCAGCCCGCCACCAACACCAUCACCUCCACCACCUCUGCAGCCUCCAGCUUCGCCCCAGCACCUGUCCUGGACCUCCCUCCACCCCUGCCUGCCGCCCAGCAGCUGCCCUCCACCUCCGCUUCCCUGCCAGCUGUGGUCAAGAGCGAGUUUGUGGCUUCCAGUUGCAGCAGCGGGUGUGAGCCGCUCUCCACAGCCGGAAACGACGCGCUGUACCCUUCCAGCGCGGACUCGCUUCUGCCGCUGUCAGCUCUGGAGCAACAGGUAGAUGUGGCGGAUCUAAUCGACUCGCUGCUGAGCGCUGACGCCGCACAGGGAGACCUAAAGCCCUUAUGCGAGGUGAAGCAGGAGCCGCUGGGGCUGGAGGACUGGCUGAAGAGCCUGUCCGCCGCUCCCGUUACCGGGGGAGAUUCCGGCAGCUACGUCAUCAACAGACCGCCGAUAAAGACGGAGCUCGUGCAGAGCGGGAGCGACCUCCACUGCGCCCCCUCCUCCCUCCCCUCAACCCUCGACUCCCAGCUGCUCUCCUCCCUCCUGCAGGGCGUGUUCCCGAUAGUCAACAUCGGCGGCGUGCACGCGGCAGCAGCCCCCAAGCUGUCGCGCGGAGGCAGGCGAGCCCCCGCGAAGGGGGGGCCGAAGGCGAAGCCGUUCCCGUGCUCCGUGCAGGGCUGCGAGCGCCGCUUCUCGCGCUCCGACGAGCUCAACAGGCACGUGCGCAUCCACACGGGACAGAAGCCGUUCCAGUGCACCAUCUGCGCGCGCAGCUUCAGCCGCAGCGACCACCUGACCACGCACACUCGCACGCACACCGGAGAGAAGCCCUUCUCCUGCGACGUGUGCGGAAAGAGGUUCGCGCGCAGCGACGAGAGAAAAAGGCACGGGCGCGUGCAUGUCAAGCAGCAGCUGCGCGCACAGAUGAUGGCCGCCUACUCCCUGGCCCUGAACGCGCCUGGCGUCUAAAAGCAAAGAACAACAGCAGACGAGCUCGCUCAGAGCUUCAGGAUUUGAACCGUCGACCGGAAAGCGUCCGAGACACCUUUCCACAUAACGUCACAUCGUGGACGAUUUUGGCUGGACCCGAAAGAGGAGGAGGACGUGCCAGGCGUUUACAGGUGUUCGGGGGACUACCAAGUGCACGUUUUGGUUCCUCUCAGGGCGCAUGCGCAAGCGCGGUCCUGCAGCUGGACUGUGAGCAGGGCCGCACAGGAGAGGGCUGUACCGCAGGUGCCACUGACGUGUUUCCUGUCUGCGCCCGCCUGCCUGCUUACUGUGGUGGACUGUUAAAGGAGCAGUCCGCUGCCCGCUGGGAGGUUUCUCCUGUAAAAUACCAACCUGUGACUUUUCUGCAUGAGGACGUGAAGAAAUGUAGACGUCAGAAUGUCGUGCUUUGUUUUGACUGCUAUUUUUAUGUGAACAUCUUUAUAUUCGAGGAGUUCUAUGUUUGUAAGAUAGCUCUAUUUUUCUAGAUGGCUCGUCUACCUCUUCGUGUUUACAAUCAGAUUGUAUAUAUUUCUAAAGAUGAAUGUGCUGCGAUGUCACUCUUUCUUUUCUAUGAGACUGAUUAUGAAACCAACGGUCGCGUCUUUGGACGCUGACUGAACUUUAUAUUACUGCGGGUGCAGGUCUGAGCUGCACCGGUGCAUCGUGUUGUUUGUACUGUGACGGUGGAAAAAAAAACUGAACACAUACCAGCUCAGUGAGAGCUGAGCUCCAAGUAGCACACAUGGUUGUGCAGGUUUACUGUUCCCUCGUUCUGCAUGGAGGCUGCUGUCGCUGUCAAUAAACAAACAAACAAAGAGUGAGCGUGUCCGACUAAUUCUUCUGCUGCUUCAUAACACAGGUCUAAUUUAUAUGGGUCUGUACGGGGGGGGUUCAGGCUCUCUUCACUCAGAGGUGAUAUGAGGGGGCACUCUGUGUUUUUCUUUGAUUUCCACCCACUCACCAG